AUGGCAGACCCAUUGAGGGAGCACACCGAGUGACUGCUGAUUGACUACCUGGAGUACAGCGCGCAUCCGAGUGCCCCGGAGCCGACGUCGUCCUCGCCCGAGGCCACAGUGCUGCGCUCCACGAUGGCCGAUAUACAGCAGCGCCACUGGUCCUUCUUCUCCGCCUACAUCUGCUACCCGGGGAAUCGCGUCGAGGUGAUGGAACGAAUGGUGGACGCCAUGCUCUCAGACAACCAGACCCUCAACUGGGGCCGGGUGGUGACGCUCGUGACCUUCGCGGGGACGCUUCUACAGAGGCCUCCAGUAGAAGCCAGGCAGGAGAAGCGGAACUUCAAGUCGCAACCGGAGGAGGGAGAAGACGAAGUCGCUAGGCAUUGCCAGCGCCUGGUGGCCCUGCUGAGCUCUCGGCUGGUGGGGCAACACCGUCCCUGGCUGGAGGCUCAAGGCGGCUGGGAUGGCUUUUGUCAGAUCUUCAGGACACCCUUACCACUAGGUUUUUGGAGAAGAUUGCUGGUCAAAGUUUUGCUGUUAUGCUUUAGCAGCAGUCUUCAUCUAUUUCUGGACACGAUUUAUUAUGAAUGUUUAAAAUUUUAACCCAUUUUUACCUGCCUAACUGACCGGCUAAGUAAUGAUUGGAGGUGAGAGAAAAAGAACUGAAGUAAACCACCUUCUCUGGGACAUUUUUACCUGAAUGUGCACAAGGAGUCCUGAGGUGAUCUGUUGGCUAACGUUUUAACUAAAGAUGAGUAAUCAGAGGUAUUUGGAGAAGGACACAAAUGGCUCUUCUUUGGAGAAACUAGAGGCUCAUUGCUCCAAAGAACUGCAGAAGAAAUUGCAUCCCAUUGAAUGAAAAUAUGGUGCUAUUUGCUAAAUUUGGCUAAGAGUGAAUACAAACCUCUCAUCUAUCCAUGAGAUAGAUAUGCUGCACUAAUUUUAAUCAUGUCUAUGGUUCAGGGGCAAAAUGAUCCCCAAAUCAGUCUAAGUCCCAGUUGAACAAAGAAAAGGAAUUCUUUGAAAUAUAAUUCUUUGAACCCUAAAUCCUUUGAAUCUAA